CAUCUAUUGGGGAUUGGGCUCCCUUCAGGACUUAUAGGUACAUGAUUUCGCUUUUUUGAUUUUGAUUUCGCAUUGUAACAUAUAUAGCAUUCGUCAAAGAACAAUCCAUAUUCCUGCUCCUUUCAAAGACAGGUGACAUAUCUCCAUCUUCCGGACCAUUACCGGCAUGGCGAGCCCCGAAAAGUCAAUCGUGUCAAGGAGGGACACGCAAGGGCAACGAAAGAUACUUAAACCAUCUGCCCUCAGAGAAACCGGGCGCACUGACCAUCCUUUACCCCUUGGAGAAGUGUUUCGUGGUAAAGAAAUGAUUGCUGAUAGAAAAGGCAAAGUCCAUCUUGUUCCGUCCACGCCACAUUUUCAGGCUCUUGUCCAGUUGAACAUUUUUAGCAGGAAGUCUUGCAAUGGCAGCAGUGCAGAGAAACUUUCUGCCUGCUCAUUUCUGCAGCCCGAACUCCUUGAAAGGACAUUGUCUGCAGUAAAAAACCUGGAUGCGGACAGCUAUUUGACAUCGGACCCAGUGAGCCUUAAACUAGAGAUGAAAUUGAUGAGUUCAACUCUACUUCACUGCGCGGUGCUCAAUGAACAGCGUGAACGUGUGGAGGAACUGCUACUGAAUGAAAAGGGUGCAAGGGGAUCAGUGGACAAGUACGAUCGCACUGCUCUACACAUAGCAGCAUUGAUUCGUGAUCCUCAGAUGGUGACAUCGCUAGCAGAUUCCAAGGAUAUUGACAGGCGGGACAUGUUUGGGAAGUCGCCACUUUACCUUGCAGCUGAGAGUGGUAACACAGAGAAUGUUAGCAUCAUGAUGGAACUUGGUGCUGAGCCCGAUACUGUAGACAUGUUUGGCCUCUCUCCAAUAUUUGCCGCGAUUCGAGGGAGGUGGUUGGAAACUGUAAACUUGCUGCUGUCAAAAGAUGUUGACAUCAACCGUCAGUGUAAGAUCGGAGCUGCACCUAUCCAUUUCGCAGCCUUGAACGGCGAUAUUGAGAUAGUCCGUGUUCUCUUAGACAAAGGAGCAAAGGCCAACCUGGUCGAUAAGAUGGAAGCAACUCCAUUAAUCUUGGCAGCAAGGUUCGGCAACAUCAAAGUCGGUCUCAAACUCCUCGAAGUAUACACUCCUGAAGAUGUCAGGAAAGCUAAUAUGGACGGGGAUCAAGCCAUUCACUUUGCAGUCACGACUGAUAACCUUGAACUGGUGGAAACGCUGAUUGAUCGAGGAGCUGAUAAGGACGCCAAAAAUGAGUUUGGUUUCACUCCUCUUCACUUCGCUGUUCUCUCUCGUAACCUCCCGGCCGUGACUUUUCUAGUGAAAAAAGCGGGAGUGAAUGUAAAUGCAGUCGACAAGGACGGAAAUCAAGCCAUUCACUUUGCAGUCACGACUGCUAACCUUGAACUGGUGGAAACGCUGAUUGAUCGAGGAGCUGAUAAGGACGCCAAAAAUGAGUUUGGUUUCACUCCUCUUCACCUCGCUGUUCUCUCUGGUAACCUUCUGGCCGUGUCUUUUCUAGUGAAAAAAGCGGGAGUGAAUGUAAAUGCAGCCGACAAGAUGUUAAACACGCCAAUGGACCUGGCUGCUCAGGGGGAUGAGACGGAAUUGAUUUCCCUUUUGAAGAAAUAUGGUGGACGCAAGGGCCCACGGAAACAGGUCCCAGUAACUGGCAAAGAACAAAAAUCCUUGACAUUCCCACAAGUAGCUGCUACUGACGCAUUAGCAGUUCAUCAGACACCACCAGAAACGGAGAACCCAGGACCAUGUUCUGACUCAUCUCCAUCUGAACUCCAAAUUCGCACCGAAGACCCUCGUCUGCGUCCGAUCCUGAAGAAGGUUGAUGUAACAAGAAUGGUGAAUGACUUAGAAAACCUGCUAAAGGACGCUGGCGCAGAGGUGCUCACACAGAAAAACAUCGUGUUUCGUCAGAGGAAUUUUGCAAUGGGUGUCAUUGGCCCAAAAGGGGGAAGGUUAGCCUUUGCUGAUGAGUCCGUGACAAUGACCAUUCCACCUGGUGCUUUGUCUGAUACUCGGGUGAUUUCAUGCUUCCGGCCGAUCGGCCCAAAUGGCGAUGACCAAGGAAGACAGCCGAACAAAGACUGGAUUUUCUGUACACCGGAGCUCAUUUGCGGACCUGAUGGAACAAAGUUCAACACACCUAUUACAAUACGGUUCCGGCACUCCAUUCACGUUGGCGAGGAUGGAAGCUGCAGGGGAGAGAAUAUCAAAGUCGUUUUAAAGGGCGACACGGAGGAAAAAUGGCAAGACGUGGCUGGUGGUUUACGAUUUGAUGGACGAUGGGUUUCCAUCAAUAUUGCCCAUUUCACUAGCGUCAGUUGUGCUAUUCCAAGGCAGGAAUAUCAACGUGAUGAUCGGUUCGAUGUCCUAUUGUCCACUGGUUUAACUGUAAUUUCACCGACUCAACCUGACGGAGCGCAGGCUGUGGUUCCGGGGACACCGACUCAUCUCCAUGUUUUCAUAACUCAUCACGAUGAUGGCCUGAUGCAGGAUCUGAAGCAAGGAAGAUUGGGUAUGCCUAACAGCGAAGUCAGUCGCAUCAACCGAGUGUUAUGCUCCAUCAAUCCUCUCCUGGAUCUGAGCAUUGAAGGUCGUCCACACGAUUUCAGGUUUAGCAACGGUAACACCAUUACAGUACAACUGAAUGAAAUGGCGAACCAGGUUACACAUGAUGUUGCAAUCGCGGAAACAAAUCGGGAGACUGAGUUCAUGUUGAUGCUUGAAUUUGAUCAAUCGCAUGGGUUGGGUAAAUCAAUCAUCGAGCAUAAAGUAUGGAGGACAGAUUAUUCUAGUAGUGUCCCUCGAGAGAUUUUCACGAAGGGCUCAUUAGUUGACGAACUAAAAUGUAGCAGAAGACAUGAAUCGUCUCGGACCAUCCCAAGAAGACCCCUGGUUCCGUACCCUAUAACACAGGGCGUAAUGCCACAGAUCUCUGUUCAGCAACAGCCUCAACCAACUGGAAUAUUGGAACAAUACCAACCACCCGGCCAAGCACAGGAAGAAGCUCAACUGCCACUUGAACAACUAAUUGUACCGGUCAUGCCGCUUGAGAACCAGAUAGCUGUCCAGAUUGACCAGAUUGCAGACCGAGUUGCUGCACUUCAAGCACAGUACCAUCUUCUGGUUGAGGUCAGAGACCACCAUUGAUGCGGCCCCUCCACUACGCCUAACCCGAUGAACCUACAGGACGGAGCUGACCAAUAGCCUACUGAUACUUGGCCGUUAAAUUCUGAUCGAUUUAUGACAACUCGCCAACAUCAGUCCAGCAAUUGAUGGACUGAGGGCCACUGGGCGAGACAAAGUACUGUCAGCGCACGAAUAUGUUUGUUUUACAUUUUACUAGAUGACCAGCUGUGAUGUUUAAUUAUUUUGACAUAUUACAAUACUGCGCAUUCUAGUGACUUUACGCAAUAUCAGCGAAAAAAGGGAAAUCGUAUUUAAUCCAAAUAUUAUAAAACAGUAGAUUCAUUGGUCACCAUUCUCGAUGGGUCAACAUCUUCUUAACAUUCGUGCCGAAAGGGUAUGAUAUAUAAUGCUUUGACGAAAAGUCAGAAACUCAAACUAAAAUAUCUUAUGUGCCAUUUCUUGGAUGCCAAGUAAUAACCCAGUUGAUGCAAAUGUGCCAUAUUUUCACAAGCAAUAUAAAUUUGACAUAGCAUUUAUAGUGUAGUAACUCGUGUAGUUGACUGGUGAUAGUGCAUGCCUAUGCCUUUUGUGGAAGAGACGAGACCGCCAUUGAUUUUUUAAGCCUUUUAGCAGUUAAAUUGUCAAUGUUUGACCACGUCGCAUCAAAUACUACGUGGGGUUGUGAAUCUGAAAUUUGAUAUGAUAUUUCGGACAGUCAGGAAAGUGUAUGAUGAAAAGUAAACUGUUAGUUGACCACGAAAAUAUUGUGAUAAUCGACAAAUUGGACAGACGUUGACAUUUCCACUCUUUUCAGCAAACUGGCAGAAACAUCUCAAAACACGCCCCCUAUUGCCAAAUUAGCAAAAUUCAAAAUUAAUUUUGUCAUCAAUUAAUAUCUUUAUAUCUGUAGACUUGCUACACCAAAUAUCUUUUCAAUACCUCUCCAAAUAUGCACUUUACAGUUAAAGACAUACUCCCGUCUAGUUGAUAGGUCUGGUACCUCCAACCUAUGAAUAUUCAAUGGUGGUCUUGUCUCGGAAUGGCUUGGAAUUGUGCCCCACAAGUAUGGAAUUAAGUUGUACACGUACAUGUGUACCAGGUGAUAGUACAAUGUAAUGUAAUAUGUAUAUGCAAAUAACGAUUUUUUCGUGAUAUAAUAAUUUCAUCAUGCAUGACAAAAAAUUGAAUACUGUGUUUGAUUCGUUGUAAUUGAAGCUUUGGACUGGAAAUGUGUCUUAUACAUUGCACAGCACGGUUGCAUGUCGUUUACUUAUAAUGAUAAAAUACUGAAAUACAUUAAUUUAAAGAGCUUUCGCAGGGCACGGAUAAGUCAACUACAUUUUAGCUAUGUGUAUCCGUAACCGGUAAGAUGGUUUGUUUUGACUCGUUAAGCUCUCGCAAUUCCUCGUGUUGGAGCGCACUUUCGUCACUUUGCCUCGAAGCGUAAGACAAGCAAGUCGCCCCCUUUUUAGCUCACCUCUUAGCAGAGGUGAGCUUAUCCCAUACCGUGGCGUCCGUCGUCCGUCGUCGUCGUCGGCGUCGUCGUCGUCGUCGUCGUCGUCGUCGUCGUCGUCGUCGUCGUCGUCGUCGUCGUCGUCGUCGUCCGUCGUCCGUUAGCAGGGCACGUUUCGUAACUGUUAGAGCUAUUGAGUUGAAACUUGGUACACAUGUACCCUUAUGUAAUGACACCUUGGAGACCAAGUUUCGGUCCGAUUCAUUUCAUGGUUUGGCCACCAGGGGGCCAAACGUUAAAAGUGAAAAUAUGCAAUAUCUCCCUUAAUAGUAGUUGGGAAAUUUUGAAAAAAAUAUGGUAGGUACUUCUAGCAAAGGUGCAUCAUAUAUCCUCCGGGUUUUUGAUUUGACCUCCUUUUCAAGGUCACAGAGGUCAAAUGGUGUAAAUUGGCCGUUAGGAUGUAACGAUGGCACGUUUCUAAACUGCAAUGACUAUUGAUACCAAAUUUGGUACACAUUUACCCCUUAGUCAGGUGAUCUCAGGGACCGAAGUUUGGUCCAAUAUGAUUCACCACUUGACCACCAGGGGGCAAAAUCCAAUAACCUUAAAAAUGUGAUUAUUCCUUAACUCUUUGCCCGAUUGCCACCAAUUUGAUAUCAUGGGUACAUCUAACCACCAUACAGUAAAUGUCACACAGGUUUUUAAUUUGACCUUCUUGUCAAGGUCACAUAGGUCAAAUGGCGUAAAUUCGCCGUCAGGCACGUUUCUUAACUGCAAUGACUAUUGAUCACAAAUUAAGUACACAUGUACCCCUUGGUCAGGUGAUCUCAGGUACCGAAGUUUGGUGCGAUCUGAUUUGCCGUUUGGCCUCCAGGGAGGGGGCCAAAUCCUAAAUUCUUCAAAAUGCCAUUAUUCCCAGUAAUGACUUGCCCGAUUGGCACCAAUUUUAUAUCAUAGGUACAUCUAAUUCUAACAACCAUUCAAUGUGUCACCCGGGUCUUCUUUGAUUUGACCUACUUUUCAAGGUCACAGAGGUCGAAUGUACUGUAAAUUGGCCAUUUUGGGGAAAUUGUAAUUGCUUGGAUCUACAUCAAACCUAACACUACAUGACACAAUACCAUGCUCUUUAUCCAUCUUUCCUCCACAUGAGGUGAGCACAAUGGCCCUGGCCAUUUCAUUUAAUAUGUUUUUGUUGACGUCCAUGUUUGGUGUUAAACUUACAUGUAUAACUAAUUGCGGACUGUUAGACUGAUGCCAACGUAAGUGUAAAUUAGUUUUAUGUUUAUCGUUGAAUUUAUGAUUAUAAUUCCUCAUUAAUCAGGUAAAUUAUUGUAAUGUUAGUUGGGGAACCACGCCCAAAAUUAAACAUGCCAAAAAUGGUCCUGUUAAAAAGUUAUGAUUUAUAUAAAUUUGGUGCUAAAUGUCGUGUAUUUUUACAGGUUUUAGAUAAAACGCCAUUCACUAUAUGAAACGACAUCAGCUUUCUUCUGUGCCGAAUCCCGGGCACAACAACAUGAAUCAAUCUAAGGUAUACCAACAUGAGCGAUUGAGAGCGUUUCCCGACGAAGAUACGUUUUUUUUUUCGUGGGCAACGCUGCGUAAAAUAACAAAUGCCUUGGAAAGAACUAUCUGAAUCACUUAUGUGGGUAUAGGCCUUUCACGUCCUCUCCCAUCCAAUGUAAAAUAUAGACAUGUAGUUACAGAAUGACAAUAAAUUUUUCAUUAA